GGAGACGUGUCUCGCAGUCAGAGCAUCCUUCCGUCAUGGCGUCUGUUUGGGCUAAAACCUCCGUUAACCUGCCGGUUCUGUCUGUUUUCUUCCUUUUGCUGCUAUGUAUGCCACCCGGGGGAGGACAAAAGAAGAAGGAGAACCUGCUGUCGGAGAAGGUGGACCAGAUGAUGGAGUGGUCCUCUCGGCGCUCCGUCGUCCGGAUGAACGGGGACAAGUUCCGUCGCUUCGUCAAGGCCCCGCCCAGGAACUACUCUGUCAUCGUCAUGUUCACCGCCCUGCAGCCUCAGAGGCAGUGCUCUGUCUGCAGGCAGGCCAAUGAGGAGUACCAGGUCCUUGCAAACUCGUGGCGUUACUCAUCUGCAUUCUCCAACAAGCUCUUCUUCACGGUGGUGGACUAUGAUGAGGGGGCUGAUGUUUUCCAACAGUUGAACAUGAACAGCGCUCCAACCUUCAUGCAUUUCCCGGCGAAGGGAAAGCCCAAGAGAGCCGAUACGUUUGACCUGCAAAGAAUUGGAUUUGCUUCAGAGCAGCUGGCCAAGUGGAUUGCAGACCGCACAGAUGUUCAGAUCCGUGUCUUCCGUCCCCCUAACUAUUCAGGGACUAUUGCUCUGGCUCUAUUGGUGUCUCUGGUUGGAGGUCUGCUGUAUCUGAGGAGGAACAACUUGGAAUUCAUAUACAACAAGACUGGAUGGGCUAUGGCUGCACUGUGUGUAGUGUUUGCGAUGACAUCUGGACAGAUGUGGAACCACAUUCGAGGUCCUCCCUACGCACACAAAAAUCCCCAGAAUGGACAAGUGAGCUACAUUCAUGGCAGCAGUCAGGCUCAGUUUGUGGCUGAGUCCCACAUCAUCCUUCUUCUGAAUGCUGCAAUCACCAUGGGGAUGGUGCUGCUAAAUGAGGCUGCCACCUCCAAGGGAGAUGUUGGCAAGAGGAGAAUCAUCUGCCUGGUUGGCCUUGGCCUGGUGGUGUUUUUCUUCAGCUUCCUGCUUUCCAUUUUCAGGUCCAAGUACCAUGGGUACCCCUACAGCUUCCUUAUUAAGUGAAGAAGAAACCUGAAGAGGAGGUCAGAGAAUGGUGAGCAUUCGGUAGUUGAAGAGACAAGGAGUUGAAGAUACUUGAAGAGGAGGCAGCGUCAAUAUUCAAUCUGGAGUUUCUUUAUUUAGUGUGUUCCUCCUACCAUCACAUCUGCAAGUUGAAAAUAUAAUAAAUUAUUAAUUCUUACACUGGAACAUCAAGGUGUUUGACAUGUCUUUGUAUUUUGUCUUUUUUAUUUUUUAGUUGUUGAAUAUCCUGUGUGAGUAGAUAAUACCUGUGUCUGUGGAAUGCUGUUUUGUAUCCAUAUAUUCGAUGUUAUUUAUAAAACCUGUGUUGCCGGUCAAAAGAAGCAGCCGGUUGGAAAGAUGUGAUGAAAGUUAAACCGAUGGACAGAUAAUUAAAGUUCCUUUGAUUAGUUAUUAGAAUGGCUUAUAUUACCAGUUACAAAGUGACACUCUUUUCAUGGUGCGGCUAGUUUUAAAUUGAUAAAGCUAAAAUAUGAAUGUCAUUUAUCACACAGGUCCAAGCUACUUCUCUAUUACACUGCAUGUUUACACCUUUUGGUCUUAGACUUUACAUUUUUCGGACCUGGACCAAGUUAUUUUCCCGUCUUCAGCCUAUACUUUCAUUAGGCAUCUACAUUUGCUUGCAUUUGGGACCGAAUGUCAAAGGAAAUACAUGUUCUCAAAGUUGUGAAUGUUAAACAAAGUCACGGUCUUACUUUUUCUUUGCACUAAAUGAACAUUUACUUUUUCCCCUAACCGACACUGAUCUUAAAUCCCUUAAUGCAAAAUAGUAGCUCAUGAGCUGAGUUUACAGAAGGCCAAAAGCAAGUGAUGUAACCUUUCUUGCAGAAUGUGAGAAGCAUAGGUCAUUUAGAGAAUACAUACAUUUCUAAUUCUAUCACUUGUGGACUGCCCACUAAAACACUGAGUGGGCUGGAGCAUUGAAACCAUUUAUGUAACCCUUCUUUGCGUGGGCUGUUGCAGAAAUGUAUCUGCAGAUAGACCAGUUACCAAAAUGUAAUAAAAAUAUUCCCUUUCAGACUCU